CCCAGGGGUGCGGGCAUGAGGAAGUGGCAGGGGAGAUGCGGCCCUGGGAGAUCGUCGAGCUGGCGGAGCCCGAGGAGGAUUUCGAGCAGUUCCUGCUUCCAGUCAUCAACGAGAUGCGGGAGGACAUCGCGGCCGUCACCCGGGAGCACGGGAGAGCCUACAUGCGGAACAGGAGCAAGCUGUGGGAGGUGGACAAUAUGCUCAUCCAAAUAAAAACGCAGGUGGAGGCCUCGGAGGAGAGCGCCCUGAACCAUCUGCAGAACCCCAACGAUGGAGUGGAGGGCAGAGCGGCCAAGAGGUGCGAGAAGGCCGAGGAGAAGGCCAAGGAGAUCGCGAAGAUGGCAGAGAUGCUGGUGGAGCUGGUGCGGCGGAUAGAGAGAAGCGAGUCGUCCUGAAGGAGCGCGGGCGGAUGCAGAAUUCUGAGACUCAGCGUCUUGAUGCAGUCUCCCGUAGGGUCAGUGGUGGAUGCACAGCAAGCCAGUAAAAGACUGACACGGAGCUUCUGCAGUGACGGAGGGUAGGCUAAGCCAGCGUCGGGCUCCCUGCCAGCGGGGAGUCUGCUUCUCGCUCUCCCUCUGACUCUCGCUCUUCCUCAAAUAAAUAAAUAAAAUCUU